AGAUUUCCUGUGUUCUAAGAACCACCCAGGAUGGCUCGUACCAAGCAGACCGCCCGUAAAUCCACUGGUGGGAAAGCACCCCGGAAACAGCUGGCUACUAAAGCUGCUCGGAAAAGUGCGCCAUCCACUGGUGGAGUAAAAAAGCCUCACCGCUACAGGCCUGGCACCGUGGCACUGCGAGAGAUCCGGCGGUACCAAAAAUCCACAGAGUUGCUGAUCCGCAAGCUGCCAUUCCAGCGCCUGGUUCGUGAAAUUGCUCAGGACUUCAAGACAGACCUGCGGUUCCAGAGUGCUGCCAUCGGAGCUCUCCAGGAAGCCAGCGAGGCGUAUCUCGUGGGCCUGUUUGAAGACACCAACCUGUGUGCCAUCCACGCCAAGCGGGUCACCAUCAUGCCAAAAGACAUACAGCUGGCCCGCCGUAUCCGUGGCGAGCGAGCUUAAAUCCUGCUCUUCCCUCCCCA